AAGGGACAGUGUAAUAACUGUUUUCAUGCUCAUUAGGGGGGCGCGGGGGUGAGCUGGUCUCACGAUGCGUCCUUGAGCUUUCUGGGAUGAAGAGUACGAGUAGAGAUGGAUAAGAUGGUGAGGGGUGUAUGAGCAUGAAUUGGGUGGAAAUGGAGUUUUAGGAUGUUUGCUAGGAUGUUUGGACAUGCUUGUUUUUUUUUCAUUACUCUUUUGGGUGAGCCCGUAUGCAUAUCCUGCAUUGCCCUUUGUAACGUCGACAUUCGCGAUCCGCAAUUGACGCACAGACCUACACUACCCACCACCAGGAAAACACAACACAACGGCAGACGCAGACGUCGUAGCACAGUUCAACAAAGACAUCAAGACUCUUCUCAAGCAGAUCGAUGCAUCCUCACUCACCGGAACCCCCUCGCAAAUCACCCAUGUCUUCCGCUCAGUCCUCUCCCCAUCAUCGCCCUCCACACCUGCGCAGACAUCCGCCUUGCUAGUUGCGAUGAGGUUGCGCGAACGAAGUUGAUAGACGCGCGGAUGUCUCACAAGGCUCCUUCCAGCCUUGUGAGGCAGCAAAACCUGAGGACACUAUCGUACAUUUAGAACGAAUGAUAUCAACAUGAACAACGUUUCUCCGUCCAAAUGAGAGUGGGUCACCGCCAUAAAGACCUUGUACAUUCCGGCUAGGGAACCGUGAGAAAGAACCUCAUUGUCUACACUUAGAUUGUCUCUGCGUAUGAUUGAAAUCCUCAAAUAUAACUUGCAUCUAUCAAAGACC